GUGUGCAAAUGUGUUUCAAUAGAUCGAGCGCAUCCAGAACAUGAAUCUUCGGCGGUUAUAUGAGGGACGUAAAAAAGAGCUGGAGAACAGAAACAGUGGCAGUGUGGGAGCAGGAGAGAAGACCCUUUAUCACGGCACAUCAGAGGAGUCCUGCUCAUCCAUCAUGAAUUCAAACUUUAAUCGCAGUUUUGCUGGGCAAAACGCCACCGUCUACGGUAAUGGGACGUACUUUGCUGUGGACGCCAGCUAUUCUGCCCAUCCUACCUUCGCGGUUCCUGCAGCAGACGGGACUCAGCUCAUGUUCGUGGCUCGUGUGCUUACGGGUCAUUACGCUCAGGGUCAGACGGGCAUGAAGACGCCCCCUGUUCGCCUCGCACCUGACCACAAUUAUGACAGUGUGGUGGAUAACAUCCAAAAUCCUGCCAUGUUUGUGGUUUUUCACGACUGCCAGGCUUAUCCAGAAUACCUCAUCACAUUUAAAUGAACUUCAGCCAAAACCAACCUUGGUUUGUUUCCUGUAAAGUCAACUGGAUGAGCUCUGAAUGAUCUAUAAACCAUUGCUGUUU